CAGUCGUUGUUUACGGCUCAUCACGUGCUGGGGGAACGGCGCACAGUCGUGCACUGUCCACAUUCCAAUGGCCAACACAAAAAAGCUCCGUUUUGCUUAUCCCCAUCCAGUUUUUAGGCUGCCCAUCAUGUCGCGCAAACAGGAAUACAUCGCCAGAACGCGGUUUCUGAACGAUUUGCCGCCGCCGCCGUGCGCGCCAAAGUUGCUCACAUACAACUCGCUCCCCCAGGAAGACUUGGGGCUGGUGGACUCGCCGGCGUUGUUAUCGUCGGUCUUCCGCAAAGAGAACUUCCGGAGCUUGGUCGGAUGCGUGGGUAUGCGCUUGGACUUGCUAGCGAUGCCCGGCGUGCUUGAUUACGGUGAUGAGCGCGCGAUGUUUGCGUUGAACAACCAUAUCGACUUGCACCCAGACGACCGCAUUCUCCUCCGCGAUCCAGGUGCCGAGCGUGUGGCCGCCAAGGAUCCUGGUGUGAGUUUCUUGAGAAGAACCGAGUAUAUUUCAGAGAAAAGAAGCACCAUUCUGGGGUAUUCUGGGGACAAGAAGCGGGUAGAGGCGCAGGCCAUCGACCCCGAGUCGCAAGUGGCAGCGGUGGAAGCCACGUUCCAGUUUUGUUUGGACACAGACGUGGCGUCGUUGAAACACCCAAAGAAGGCCCACCUCACGGCAAAGAAGACGUGGGCGUUUUUACCAGACACGUCGGCUAUGGACCAGAAUUACAUGACGAUCAAGUUCGUAAACUCCGCGGCAUUAUCGCGCGAGCAACACAAGUCCGCGGGAGAGGCGUUGGAUACGUCUAUCUUCAAGCCGACCACCUUAGACUCUGGUGAAUGGAUCUCCUUCUACAAGACCUCACAAGCUGCCUCCGAUACAUUGAAGCGCAAGUUCGGUGAGGCCAACCCCGCACAUGGCUUAGACGAGAGCGAGACCUUCUCGUUCAAGCGAAUUAGAGACUACGAAAUGAAAUUCAACCGUUUUGCCAGAACCGACGAGUUGGCCGUUGAGUUGCACCGCGAGAAUAGUACCGCCGUUUUCUUACCAAUCGGCGGGAGAAUCGAUCUCUCCACUAGAAGAGUGCCGCCCGCGUUGAAGAAGGUGGUGGAAGACAACACGAUUGACGCGAUCAACUUUUCGUUGACGGAACCGACGGUGGAGGAGACCAGAGCCAGGGACAGUGUUAGGGGCCAAUACGAUCCGCUCAACUACGGGCAGGAGGAGGUUGAGGAGAGCGAGAGCGAGGAUAACGAAGAUAGUGGAGCUAUCUGAGUCUAUAGUAUGUUAAUAUAUGUGAAAAUAGUAUUAGAGAAGAGCAAGCACCAUUUGGAAAGCACAAAUUGUCGGAGUCCGAUACGUUCAGAUCUCCAUGGCCAGGUCGACCCCAACUACUCACAAGUAAUUUUCAUGAGAGAUUGUUCCAGUCUGGCGGGAACUUUUUUUUUCUUCUUGCUCUAUAUUUUGUCUCUAGUUUGCCGAUAUAUUUCUAUAUAGGCCGACAAUUAUUC